GCUCAUUAGGAUGGUGGAGCAGGCCGGUUUCGUCGCCUCCAAGCCCGGCCGAACUCCUCGCUCUCGGCCCGGCGCUGAACCCAAAGCCCUCGGCUCGCUCUCCCAGCAGGACGUCUCCGUUCUCAAAGCCGUGUUGACUGCGGGUCUGUAUGACAGCGUGGGCCGUAUCCUCUGCUCUCCCUCUCUGGACGUUCAGGAGCGGGUGGUGUGUGUGGCUGAGACGGCUCAGGGAAAGGCUCACGUUCACCCCUCCUCAGUCAACCGCUUCCUACAGACCCACGGUUGGCUGCUCUUCCAGGAAAAGGUGAAAUACACUAAGGUGUUUCUAAGAGACACUACGUUGAUCUCUCCUUUAUCCAUGCUGCUGUUUGGAGGUGAUAUUGACGUGCAGCACAGGGAGAGACUCAUCUCUCUGGAUGGAUGGAUCUACUUCCAGGCUCCAGUCAGAAUUGGCGUGAUCUUCAAACACCUUCGCAAACUCAUCGACUCCCUCCUGGAGAGGAAAUUGGCCAACCCCAAAAUGAAUUUGGAAGAUGAGAAAACCAUACAAAUCAUCACAGAACUGAUCAAGUCAGAAAACAUGCUCUGAUCUAUGAAUUACUGAAAUUGAGGGGUGAGAAUGUCAAUUAUAUUGCCAAACCAGAAUAAAAAUAUUU